AACCCGAAAGUCUCCUUUGGCAGAAAAUUUCCCCUUUCCUCCAUCAAUGCACUGUCGGAGCUCCUCUUUCACUCAUCUUCUCUAGGUUUCCUCCCUCCAAUUUGAGCUUCUCUCUUUCCCUUUAUGUAAUUUCUAAGUGUAUCCAUAUGGGGUAUUUUCUGAUUGUGGAAUCCUUCGUCUUUCUGUUGUAAUUUUCUUGAUCCUGUAAAUCUCUGAUUCGAUUGAGCUUGUGUUUUGCUGAUGGUUGUUUGAAAUCUUAAUUUUUUCCUCAGUUUAGUUUCGGUUUCAGUGAUAUCUGAACGAAGAUGAAGGAAAUGGAAUUCUGAUUGUUAGGGAAACUGUUUUUUAGCAAUUUUUCGUUCUUUGUUUGUUCCUGAUGAUGGGUCUUCAUGAAAUUAGAAUGAAUUGUGUGAAUUGGGUUUUGACUUUAGGAGAGGAAGUUUCUGUAAUUUGUUUGAUUAAAGUUUUUAAACUGAUUGAGCUUCUGCAUUGAUGAAUUUGUGAUGAUUUUUAGCUUGACUGUGUGUGAAUUAUCUGAUUUUAAGUUUUAACGUUGCUGGUUCUGGUGUUUGGGUUUAGUGAGUAGGUUGUGGUAAUAUGACUAUGAAUGAGAGGAAGACAAUCGACCUUGAACAAGGAUGGGACUUCAUGCAAAAAGGGAUCACAAAGCUGAAGAAUACUCUUGAAGGGCUGCUGAAGAAUACUCCUGAAGGGCUGCCGGACCCUCAGUACAGCUCCGAGGAUUAUAUGAUGCUCUACACAACCAUCUAUAACAUGUGUACACAAAAGCCGCCUCAUGAUUAUUCCCAGCAGCUGUACGACAAGUACAGAGAGUCUUUUGAAGAAUACAUCACAUCAACGGUGUUGCCUUCUUUAAAAGAGAAACAUGAUGAAUUUAUGUUAAGAGAACUCAUUAAAAGAUGGGCGAACCAUAAAGUUAUGGUUAGGUGGCUUUCUCGUUUCUUCUUUUAUCUUGAUCGCUACUUCAUUGCUCGGAGGUCACUGCCUGGCCUUAAUGAAGUUGGACUCACUUGUUUCCGUGACCUG